AUGAGCAUUCGAAUUAAAUCCUUCUCCCUUCACCAAAUUACCUUCUGCUACCUACUUUGGGGAGUGUUUGCCUGUCCUUGGGGGCUCCCCAAACCUUUGGUGGGGGAUGGAUCACUGGGGGGCUGGCUCUGGAAGCUGUGUGGAUGGGGAAAGCAGCAAUUAAAGGAGAUUUUGUUUGUUUUCCCUGCAGGCUCUCCUUACUACGACAACGUGCGCCCGCUCUCCUACCCCGACUCCGACGCUGUGCUGAUCUGCUUUGACAUCAGCCGGCCAGAAACCCUGGACAGUGUCCUAAAAAAGGCAAGUGCUGGAGCAAGCCCUGAGCACAGAGCUCAGCUUGAAAUCCCCCUGCGGUGGUGCUGUUCCUGCUCUGCAAAUUCCACUUUGUUCCUUCAAAUGACAGGAGGCUGCUUUAAUUUGAGGUCAUUUGUUUGGAAGGGGUGGGAUGUUAAUUGGAAACAAAAACUCGCUAAUGGACACUUGGAGGCUGAAGGGAAAUUCUCAUUCCUCAAAUGCUCAGCCUUACAGUCAGAAAACAGUGUCAGAGACAUUUUUCACGUCGCCACCCUGGCGUGUGUGAACAAAACAAACAAAAAUGUGAAACGAAACAAAUCUCAGAGGGCCACAAAGCGAAUUUCACACAUGCCUGGCAGGCCAGAACUGUCCACAGUGGCCACGGACUUGAGAAAGGACAAAGCCAAGAGUUGCACGGUGAUGUGAAGGAGCUGGGAUUUCCUGGAGGAGGAGGAGGAGGAGGAGGAGGAAGAUCCAGGAGGGGUUGGAGCUCAAUGAAGUCACAGCCCACAGGGUGUUUAAUGAGGGCUUUGCCAGUGCUUUCGUGGAGAUUUGUCCUGCUGUGUGAGACUGUACUUAAGGACUGGAGCAGCAGGAAGAAAAGGCUCUGAGAGAGGUGGCAUCAGGAAUUUCUGUUGAAGACAAUGCCAAAAAAAUAAUAAUAAUAAUAAAAGGGAAAACGUUUGAAUGUGCUGAGAGAAGAGAGAAUGAUUGGGAAAAUAACCCUGCAAAGGAGAGAUGUGAUGGACAGUGCUUGUUUCUUUUAGUAACGCUCUGCUCCUGGAUGCUACCACUUUGAUUUCAUUCAAAUAAUACUUUCUUGGGAUAAUUUUUUUUUUUAAUGAAGACGUUAUUAAUACGCCCUUCUCGUUAAGGAACUAUCCCCGUGACCUUAGAGUUGAUUUUCCAAAGGAUUUGAUCUCAUAUUUUUUUUUAGUAGCUGAUUGUGAAAAUGGAGAGGACACCGAGGCCACGUGUGUGUGUCACCUGGAGGAGAAUUGUGGAGUUUUUGCCUUGCUGAUCCACGGUGGGGAUGAAGACAAAUGUUUGAGGAUUCCCAGCGUUCCCGUGGAGAUGAGAUGGAGUUUGUGGGGAGGGAAUUGGGGACAAGGCAGCCCUGCAGGGCUCUGGCUGGGCUGUUCCUCGUUGUGCUUGUGCUGUGGAGUGCAGUUGGUGCCAGUGCCGGUGUUCUGUUGCUGUAGGUUCAAGUGGGAGGUGCUGAGAGCUGUGAUGGCAAAUGAUUCCUUAAAGCCUUACUGCCCACCUGGGGGAAGCCCCAAAAACCCCCCUGGGCUUCUCCCAGGAGCUGGAGAGAGCCCAUGGAUCCUGCAGGAAGCUGCAGAGAAAUGCUCUUCUGGCAUGUGGUUCACUGCAAAAAAA